AUGGACCAAUGUUAUGGGCGAGUGAAUCAAUUAGGAGGUGUUUUCAUAAACGGUCGCCCUCUUCCUAAUCACAUUCGUUUGAAAAUUGUGGAAAUGGCAGCUGCCGGAGUUCGUCCCUGCGUAAUAUCGCGACAACUGCGAGUAUCUCAUGGAUGCGUUUCCAAGAUAUUAAAUCGCUACCAGGAGACCGGCAGCAUCAGGCCGGGAGUCAUUGGAGGCUCCAAACCCCGAGUAGCUACGCCCGAAGUCGAGGGUAGGAUAGACGAAUUGAAGAGGAGAAAUCCGGGAAUUUUCAGCUGGGAGAUCAGAGAUAAGUUAAUCAAAGGUUUUAAUGAUACAAGUGUAGAAAUAAAGCAUUUGAUUUAG